AUGGAUAAUUUGUGUUUCUACGUGUUUGGUGUAAUCACCUUUUUUAAUAUGGAGAUGUUGUUUAUAGCAUCACAGGAUAUUCUCAGCGGCCGGAAUCUUCCCACAGCUACAAUAUUAGUCUGUUACGUAACACCCUUGAUGAUCACGAAAAUUUUCGCGCCGUGGUUUGUUCAAAGGAUUUCGUACUUAGUAAAAGUUUCUUUCAUCGCUCUUUGGAUGAUGCUUGGAAUGGCUCUGAUCGUUUUCGUGGAAGAUAUUAGAGUUAAACUUGUGGGAAUCACUUUAAAUGCGAUGGCGGCUGGCAUGUCUGAAGUAAUAUUCCUUGCUUUGACUUCGUUUUAUCCUCAGAUUGCCAUUAGCUCGUUCCUUGCUGGCACUGGUUCGGCUUCUCUGAUCUCUCAACUCUAUUACACAAGUGUUACAACGUGGAGUUGUGCGGAGUCUCCUAAGACCGCCAUAAUGAUAGUGAUCCCGUUGCCCUUGUCAAUCUUAGUGUCUUACGCAAUGCUGGACAAGGGAGACAUCUCGAACGGAGAAGGCCUGGGUACCAAGGUGGUGAAUACCAUGGAUGAAGUCUUGAUUCCUUCCCAAAGACUAUCUUAUGGCGAAAAAUUUAGGAUUGGUCGAAAAAUUAUUUGUUUUAUCAUUCCUCUAUUUUUUAGUUUUUUUGCAGAGUAUCUGGCUAAUUCUUCAGUGAUUACUACGAUCGCCUUUCCUAAUUCUCAAGUUCUUCCGCGAGAUCACUUUCUGUAUUACUCGCUCUCUUACUGCACUGGCAAGUUUCUGGGAAGGAGCUAUUUGCUUUUAUUCGCUUGGCUAUCAAAAGACCUCACGGAGUUUUUAUUCUGUGACAGAACGUGGAUUUUCGCCGUAUUGGAAAUAGCACAACUGAUUUUCUUCUUGUUCCAAUCAUGGUACCAUUUUGUCUCGUUUAUUUGGAUAAUAGUCUGUCUUUGUUUUACUCUCGGUUUAGUUUCCGGUAUGAUUUAUUUGCACUCGCCUCAUGCCGUCGCGCGGCACGUUGAGCCCGAGGAGAAAGAGUUUGCCCUGGGACUGAUAACUGUUGGUAACUCCGUGGGUGCAUUUGUUGGUGGAUUGGUGGGGUUGAUUGUGGAAUCAUAUCUCGUGGAGAAUUGCGUUGCGCAGUUCUCAAACAGCAAAGAGUUCUGUUUCACCAGGCAUAAGAAUACUUCCGGUUGGGAAAGUAAUAUUCACUGUUCUCAGUAAAAACGUUAGCCAUAAAUCGUUAAAAGAGAGACGGAUUUCCUUCGUCGUGGUUUGUAAGGCUUUUUAGCGAUAAUAGAGACCAGUAAAUAUUUAUCGCCCGUGAGGGAAGGGAUGGGGGAUUUUUGGCAACAUGAUUGUUGGAAGAAGUCAGUAGAAUUUCUGUCCGAGGUUAGAAUGACGUUAGAUGUAUUACUGGAAAGCGCUUAACGAUCUCAUUUGGUCUUUCUGUGUUUUAUGUCACUCUGUUUUUACACAUCUAUCGUAAAAUCAUGGU